AUGGCGCUUGCACGCUCCUUACGACGUACGAAUCCCAUCACUAUCGUCCUAGCCAGUCUGCUGGCCAUUGGUUUCCUCUUCUUUAUCCUCUCGCCUACCUCUACCGCCGCUUUCACCUCGCAGGAACGACACGAUGACGCUGCCCAGAACCCUCUCUCUCCGCCGACAAAACCAUUCCGCAAGGCCCAGUCGGCGGCGGGUGGCAGGCGUGCUCCUCCGCCGGUCGUACACUAUAACAUGAACAAUGUUACUACCUCCGGCACCGCGGCGAACAACCGCGAGCGUAUCCUCGUCCUCACCCCCUUGUCGCGGUUCUACUCUGAGUACUGGGAAAACCUCUCCAAGUUCACCUACCCUCACCAAUACAUCUCCCUGGGCUUCAUCAUCCCCAAAACCCGCGAGGGAAACGCAGCCUACUCGGCUCUGCAAUCGGCCAUUACAAAGACCCAGUCCGGUCCCAUCGAUGACCGGUUCGCCAGCAUCACCAUCCUCCGACAGGACUUCCCUCCACCGAUCCAGUCCCAGGAUGAAAAGGAGCGCCACAAGCUGGAGAACCAAAAGAUCCGCCGAGAGUCGAUGAGCCGGGCUCGGAACAGCCUGCUCUUCACUACCUUGGGGCCCUCGACUUCCUGGGUCCUCUGGUUGGACGGUGACAUCGUCGAGACGCCCCCAACCCUCAUCGAGGACCUGACAGGCCACGAUAAGCCUGUGCUGGUAGCAAACUGCUACCAACGUUUCCGCAACCCGGACACCAAGGAGAUGGAUAUACGGCCGUACGACUAUAACUCGUGGACCGACACCCAACGGUCUCUCGAGAUUGCCAAAAAUAUGGGCCGUGACGAGAUCAUGCUGGAAGGAUACGGCGAGCUGCCCACGUUCAGGAACCUGAUGGCCCUUAUUGCAGACAGGUCGCCGGAGAGGAAUACCAGCGAAAUAAUGGAGCUGGACGGUGUCGGUGGAACUGCGUUGAUGGUCAAGGCCGCCGUUCAUCGAGACGGAGCUAUGUUCCCUCCUUUCCCCUUCUACCACCUCGUCGAGUCCGAAGGGUUCGCCAAGAUGGCGCGAAGACUUGGAUGGAAGUGCUAUGGAUUGCCGAAUUAUUUUGUUCGUCUUACUCCCAUAUAA